CCUGCUCCCACCUCCCAGUGAACUUAUCAACCCUCCGCGGUCCGCACGCAGGAUGCGCUGUGUCCGAUCAGACUCGACGAAAAUCUACAUCUCCCUGAGAGCGAGAUGGCGGGCUCCGGCGUGGGCGAGAGCACCCUUUUGCGGUCCCUGGAUUAUCCCUGCACGAAGCGCCUCCGUCUCCGCCGGCUCCUCGCUUACUUCCGGAGGCACGGCCACAUUGAGAUCUACUAUGUGGCGAAAGAGAAGUUGCGUGUCGUCUUCCACUUGAGGGACCUGCUGAAGCAGGUCAAGGCAGGCCAAUUGCGGGAGGCCUGUAACUACAUCCUUAGCUUCGCGCCCUUCACCAGGCGACACUCCUCGCGCUGUUUCUGCAGGACCUCGCGGCCAUCUUGGACUUCGCUGACGGCCACACCAUGGCGGCGCGCAUCCUUUGCGACUGGUUCAUAAGCCUCUACAAUCACCGUGUGCUCGCCAAGUUUCCCUGCUUCGCCACCCUCGUUGCCGAUGUCCUCUUCCUGCGCACAGAUCGUGUCAGGGCCUCCCUGGACCGGAAACUCGUCAUUAACAAGGCAGUGGAGUUGGUCGAGGCGAUAGCUCACAAGACGCCCGAGCUCAAGGACAGGAUGCAUUACCCUCGUGUCCGGAACAACCUGGACAACGUGGUACCUGUUGGUUCCAGCUUUCGCCAAAGGCGUCGAGCGAAGAGUUCAGGCCACAAACAAUCAACUGACAUUGCGCAGUUCUAUCUUCAGCUGAAGAAGAGGCUGCCUUCUUCAAAUCCUGUGGAAAAACGUCUUUUUUCAGCAAUGAACAAAUGGGAGGUGCUGAUAGCAUUACUGGACCAAGCUUUACAAGCUGGUAGAGACGAUCCGGUGCUCAAGCAAGGCCACCCCACUGGAUCUUUGUCCAAACAAGUUUUCCCACUCAAGGCUUUUGUAACGCGUGGAUCCCUGGUGUUCCCCCAAAGCAACCAAGGACAUGAAUCUGAACAUUCAUCCAAGCUAGAUACAUCUCAAAUUCCUGCUACUGUGGCCACUCCCGAAAUUAAUUCAGCUAUGAAGCGCUCAAGUCAUCAAGAGUCGCAUAAAGAUACCUCUGAUCCAAAUGUUUCAAAGAGGCCACGAGUAACUGGGACUGGGAGUUUUGUUGAAGUCAGUCCUUCUGUAUACUGAUGAUUUGCGUGGUGUGUUGAUAUUAACAUCGCACAUGCAAAAAGUGUGACAUGCAGCACAAAGAUACAACACUGAAAAACUUCUUUAAUCCAUCUUCCCUUAAGAUGUAUCAUUCGUAUUCAGCGAUUGUACAAAUUAUCAUUUUCAGCAUAAAUGUAUUGUUA